AUGAAUUGGUUUUGCGGAGAAAGAGGGAAAGAAAAGAAAUUUAAACGUGAUCGCGAUGUUCUCUGGCACAUUCUGUCGCCUUUUCAAUUCUUUCUUUUUUCUUUUCUUACAACCAAAGCACUUCUUAUCCCCAAUGUUAAACUUUUAUUACCAAUAAAUUCAUCGACAGGCGAGGUAGAUGAAAAAGAAAAUAAAAAUGAAUGUGCUCUGGUAUUUAAGAGUCACAGAAACGUAUGA